CGGCUAACUGACAUAAAUCAGCUGACGUGUAGUGCACCACUUUAUCUCCAAUAUUUUCUAAUGUGUUUAUUGACAGUUUUGUAUUUUAUGAAGAAAACAAUAUACAUUUUAUCCGUUGCAGGAUAUAUUUGAAGUAUGCUGGGCCAGAGAAAUUAGCAUUAGCUUUUACUAAGAUCUGCUUUAGUAGCGUUAGUUUGUUUUUAUUUGACAUUUAAAUCUGUGGUAUGCUGCAGAUUUCUACAUGUUAAUGUAAUAUUAUAAUAAAUUAAAUGGCGAUUUCUGUGUUUAAAUUUGUCGGCUCCGUAUGUAACGUUACUGUUGACAGCUGUGCGUAAAGUGACAGAAAAAACGAGAAUCAUGAUGAAGAUCAGUCCUCAUUCAUUCUCCCUUCUUCUGUCCAUAAGAGACAGUCUGGAAUCAAAGCUUUAACGUCUCAGACAUCACCCAUCGGCAAUAGAAGAGAUCAAAGGGCGGGAGUUGAGCUCUUCCUCUGUGCAAGCUUCAUCAUCAUCACCCUUUCCAUCUGAAAUGGAGGUUGCCCUGGCUUAUCCUGCCCUGAAGGCCUUCAUGUGCGGCUCUCUCAGCGGCACGUGCUCCACUCUGCUGUUCCAGCCGUUGGAUCUGGUGAAGACCAGACUGCAGACCCAGCAGAACAACAUGCACCCAGGUGCUCCUAAAGUGGGGAUGAUUACAGUCUUUUUCAACGUGAUCCGCACAGAGAAGCUGCUUGGCCUGUGGAAGGGGGUUACACCGUCGUUCAUGCGCUGUAUCCCUGGUGUAGGGAUCUACUUCAGCACAUUUUACUCGCUGAAGCAGCACUUCUUCCAGGAUAGGUCUCCGAAUGCAGGGGAGGCGGUGUUGCUAGGGGCUGGGGCUCGUUGUGUGGCAGGUGUGGCCAUGCUGCCCAUCACAGUCAUUAAGACUCGUUUUGAAAGUGGGCGGUACAAUUACAUAAGUGUAGCUGGUGCUCUUAAAAGUGUGUGUCAGAACGAAGGACCGAGGGCGCUUUACUCUGGGCUCACAGCGACUUUACUCAGAGACGCCCCGUUCUCUGGCAUCUAUGUCAUGUUCUACAGCCAGGCCAAAAAGGCUUUGCCACAGGAGAUCAGCUCAUCCUCCUUUGUUCCAAUGGUUAAUUUUGGCUGUGGUGUGGUGGCUGGUAUUUUGGCAUCUCUAGCCACUCAGCCAGCAGAUGUGAUCAAAACCCACAUGCAAGUGAGCCCAGCGUUGUAUCCCAAGACCAGGGAUGCUGUACAUCAUGUUUUUACUAAGCAUGGCUUGAGCGGGUUCUUUCAAGGAGCAGUUCCUCGUUCUCUGAGGAGAACCCUCAUGGCAGCCAUGGCCUGGACUGUGUACGAGCAGCUGAUGGCACGCAUGGGACUGAAGUCCUAAAGACACCCCGCACACUUUAUAUGUGGACUUCAUUCUGUGUGUGUCCGAUACAGGAGUGUGUGCUUUUCAGACGGUGGUGAAAAGAUGGCGUUCUAUUAUCCUUGAAGGCUUGAUCAAAUCAAAAGCAGCUAGUGUUGGCUGAGGUACCGGUAAUAGUAGGUAUGUGUGUGUGAUUGUCUGUGUGUGUUAGUGUUUUCAGGUGCAGUGAGUCUUUACCCCGUGACACCUCUGACAGUGACAUUCCUAAAUUGCCACAAUGUGAGUUUGUCUGCCUACAUAUUGAGACAGGGGUCCGCAAUGAAGAAUACCAAUGAGAGACCGUCAGCUCACAAGAAAACACUCCUUUCACAAGAAGAAAAUUGGCAACUAACCUUAGUAUACUACAUGACUCAGUGUCAUUGAAAAGUGCCCACCUUUUCAGGGUUUUCAGAAAUGGACGACUCCAUAGACUCCAGUGUCUGAGAUAGUUCCUAAGCCUAAAUCCUUUUUAGUCGAGUAUGAGGCUUAGUGAGUGUCCAAGAGACUGGUGUUACAAAGACAUGUUGACAUAAUACUCCAGCACUCCAGCAAUCAGACCGAAUUACUCUUGGGCUGAGAAACUCAACUGACAACACAUGACUGUCUCACCAACAUACUCCGUUCCGAACAUAAUUGCUCGUCUCUAUGCGAUGAUUUGUGCUGUUCUACUGAUUUCCUGUGCUGUGUGGCUGGAUGGAUUUAUCAGUGCAUUCAAGUACACUGUUUUUUAUUUUCUUGAACGCUCACUCUUGGGCGCAGACAAAGCUUAGAUUUGGAUUGAAUGAGACUUCGUAAGAUUUAGACCUGGAGAAACAUUUAAUAUUUAUUAAAGAAAUAGGAGAACAAAUGUUAUUGUUCCUGGGAAAACAAUGUUUGAAAUUGCAAUACUUCAUUUAUUGUAUUUGCAAACGUUGUAUUUUGUGUGAAACCAAUGUAAGACUCCAUAGUGUCAUCAAUGGUGCUCGGUGUGAACACAGUGUAAUGUUGAUUCAACAUGACCCAUUAGUUUUAGAAAGUCUGUCAAAAACAUGUCCGGGUGGUUGUUCAAACUUAAAAUUUGUAGAGAAAAUGAAGCUUAUGAGAACCAUUAGGAUUUCUGGCAUUGUGAUAUUAGUUCCAUUUCUUUUAGGCACAUUUUCUCCCCAAAUUUGCAUUAAAAAAAAAUAUAUAUAUAUAU